AUGUCCUUCAUCGCGCUUCGUUUAGUUCCAUUCUGUUGUAUCAAUCAGCCAUUGGACGAUAGGGAGCAAUAUGCAAUGGCGAAGAUUAUCAGAGGGUAUCAGCCAAGCAAAAAAGCUUCAUACUACUCUGCACUCAGCAGCAGUAUGCCACCAAGCCCGCCCCCAACUUCAGGCUUUGAACAUUCACAAUGGAAUCCCAUGGUGAUUGCAUUGGUUGUUGUCGUUUGUUGCAUCUUCCUUUUGUUCAGCUAUCAGAAGAUUCUUCAACGUCAUUGCAGUCACUUUGGUUCAAUAACAAACUCCCGGAAUCAAGGCCAAAGUCGACGUCUGCAUGACGCUGUCGCUGAUGAUCCUUCUCUACAGCUCCAAAGCCGUGGACUAGAUUCCUUUGUUAUGCACUCGCUGCCCAUUACGCAAUUCAAGAAGAAUAAUGAAGAAGAAACCUGUAAAGGAAUUACAGAUUGUGCAGUUUGUUUGGGGGAGUUUGAAGAAGGUGAAUGGCUGAAGCAUUUACCACAUUGUUCUCAUGUAUUUCAUGUCUCCUGCAUUGAUGCUUGGUUUCAGACUCAUUCCAGCUGCCCACUAUGCAGAUCAUACGUCUUUAAUCUAACAAUGCACCAGGAACACUCGGUAUCCGUGUACACGUUGCUAGAAACUUUGAGGAGGGAAGAAUUCAGUCAAGAAAGAGCAGAAAACUACCAAAUUCUUCGAUCCCACGUAUUGCAAACUUCUACAGAGGAUGGAAACUCAAAUAGCCAUUGA